AUGAAUUCUGCAGCUUAUAUAACAAUAAUUUUGGGAUGUUGUGUAUUGUGGGUUGCCUGCUCGUUCCCAGUAGCACUGUCCUGCGAUUCGUGUGGUCGGGAAUGCGCAUCUGCAUGUGGUACAAGACACUUCCGGACGUGUUGUUUUAAUUACCUUCGCAAACGCAGUUCACCACCACCACGAGAGUCUGUCGGAACCGAUAAACGGUUGGAGCCAUGGUACGGAACAAAGGCAGAAGAACCGAAGCCACAAGAAAACUAUCGGAACUUCAAUAAUUACCUACUCAAAAAUAGUGAGGGAGACAUGGAUUUCGAAUACAUACCGAUCGUUUCGACAAAUCAUCUUACACCUGGAAGAUCUCGAACUGUAACACGAACUAGCUUACAAAGAAGCCCUCCCGUUAGUACACCGGAACAUGAAGAGAUUAAUGAAAAGUCCUCUGAAGAGCCGCAAUCAGGAUCAUUGCAAUUACUCUACGAAGCGUAA